CCCGCGGGGCGGCAGCCUUGGCGCGGGAAAGACAGCCGCGCCGCUGGCGCGAGAUACCUACACGCGCACGCCGGCCGCAGGGAAUGCAAAGGGGCACGCCGGCCAUCCGGGCUGGGCCACUUCGCAAGCAGCAAUCGAGGGCGGGGAAGCCCGGCAGAUGUUUGGCCAGGCGCGGCCGCCCCACACACGCCGGAGGCGCGCAAAGGGGCUGCGCGGGCGCAGCGCCUUCCGGCGCAUAACCGGCUAAGCGCACCAGGCAGGCCGGGGGCCGGGCCGCAGUUCCGCGAUGCGGCGGGGCGGUUGCCUUGCCGCCGGGAACCAAUGCGCGGACUAUCCCUGGGCGCAUGAGGUAGACUGCCGGGCCUACUCGCGAGAACCCCGAUGGCGAGCCGCGCUAGAGCAGGAGGCGUUUGGGCUGAGGCGAUACAAGAGGCGGGCGGAGGCAAAUUGCCGCGGGGCCCCGAGUGCCGCGGCGGCCGAUUGCAACAGCAGGGAGGCCGGCGCCGGUUUCAGGAUGUUGCUCUGUCUUUUUCAUUCCGUUGCCCGUGGUGUUUCGUGUACUGUUCGGGCCGAGGGGGCCCAAGACGUCGCGGGGUCCAGGGAAGUGAGCAGGUUCCCGGUGCUAACGCAAGCCGUGCGGCGCUACGUAUACACGGCACACGUGCGCCCCUCCUGGCUUGGCAUCCUCCCCGGGAACAACAAAAGCGAGGCCAGCAAGCUCCUCAGCGCUGACGCGGCGAGCUGUUACAAGCUUGCGGAGCCGCGCAGGUGAUAGCCGUUUAGUUUGGCGGGUGCCGCGAAGGCCGCGCGGUCUUCUGCCGCGCGACGCUUCCCGCCGGCGAAGGGACCAGCCCGAGCCGCGUUUGGCGAGGGUUGUUGGUUGGCUACAGAUUCGGCCAAGCCGGGCCCGCAGUAUUGUUCGGAGCCAAACUGGCCGGCCCCCGGGCGCGGGAGCGCACUCGGCCCCCUCUGAGCCCGCUGCGGCGGAGAGCCACAGGCGCCACUGGCUUUGGAGUCGGCCUCGCACACCGAAGUCCAGUGCUUUCUGUUUCUGAGCAGGUACUGCCAGCAUGCUCAGGAUUUAUGCGCCGUUUGCCCAUUCGGCACUGCGGCGACCAUGAUUUCGUCCGGAUUUUCGUGCGUUCUAAGUGAUAGCGCGGGUGCCCUG